AUGCCUAUUAUCAUCUAUAGAAGUCAGUUUCUCUCUUCAGGUGUCCUCUGUGCUUUAUUCAUAAAGAUUCAGUUUCUCUCUUCAGGUGUCCUCUGUGCUUUAUUCAUAAGGAUUCAGUUUCUCUCUUCAGGUGUCCUCUGUGCUUUAUUCAUAAAGAUUCAGUUUCUCUCUUCAGGUGUCCUCUGUGCUUUAUUCAUAAGGAUUCAGUUUCUCUCUUCAGGUGUCCUCUGUGCUUUAUUCAUAAGGAUUCAGUUUCUCUCUUCAGGUGUCCACUGUGCUUUAUUCAUAAAAUUCAUCAGUUUCUCUCUUCAGGUGUCCUCUGUUCAGUUUCUCUCUUCAGGUGUCCACUGUGCUUUAUUCAUAAAGAUUCAGUUUCUCUCUUCAGAGAAAAUUUUACAUCAUUGGCAGGCUGAGUGUCAAUCAAUUUUAUUUAAUUCUCUUCUUUUUUUGACUAUUACUUCUUUUUUUUUUCUAUUUCCAUUUGCUCUUUCUUUCUUUUUACCCCCUCUCAUUUUUCUUUUUUUUUUUUUAUUCAGUUUACACUUUGUAUUUUCUUUCUCUUUUCUUUAUUUUGUAAUUUACCUUUCCUUUCAGCUUUCUUUGUCCUUUUCCUCUCUCUAUUUCAAUUUUACCAUUUCUUUCUUUCUUUCUUUUUUGCUCGGGUUGUUUUUAUUUUAUAUCUAUCUUUUAUUCUUUUUCACUUUCUAUCAUUCUCUCUUCCUUUUGUCCAUUGUUUUUCAACAUUUCAUCUUUUUUUUUAAAAUCCUAUUUUUUGCUUAUCUCUCUACAUUUUCUUUUUCCUUCUCUUGUUUUCUUUUCAUUUUUGAUGUGCUUUCUCUUCUUUUAUUCUUUCCUUCUUCAUGCUUUUCUUUCUAA